AAGACCGCCUGGGGCUCCGAUUUUAAAAGUCCCGAUAAAGGGCCUCAGAGAUACCCCGACAGGUCCUCUGAGGCCGCGGGGCUGCGGGCUAGUAACAGAACCCCAACCCGACUCGGGGUGCCGCGGAGGCUGGAGGGCCUCAGGGUUAUGACGUCACAAGGCUUCUGGCCCCUGGCCGGGCCCCUUGACUGUGAUUGGUUGAUUCGGAGAAGGGCGAUGAUGGAGAAGGGCGGGAACAAAUCCCAGAGACAAAGGAAGUCUUUGGGUGUGACAACUAGAGUAGGGCGUGCGGAGGGGCUCCGGGGCCGCGGUCUGGCUGUAGUCUGGUUUCCGCCGGCUCCAGCGCAGCGCCCGGGAGCCGAGGCGGACGAGGUCCAGGCUGACCCUGAGCCCCCGGCGCCCCCCGCCCACCGCGGUGGGGGCAGCGAGGGGCGGGGCUAUGUGGAGCUGGGCGGCCGGGCCGGGGAAUUGAAGGGCUGCCGAGCUGAGCCAUGGAGAAGCCCGAGUCGCUCGCCUCCGUUAGCGGCCUCAGUGCGGAGUCCCCUCGGGGGGUUCCGAGGGCAAUACCUGGAGGUGUCCGCGGUUUACAGACAGACACCGGCCUGCCCUCCGGAGCGGGCUUGUUUCGCGGUUCUGGCCCCGUCUCGCAUUCCGGGGGCACUGUAAUUCGCAGUCCUGGUCCAAUCCGGCACUCGGAAGAGGCAGUGACCCUCAGUUCCCGACCCUGUCCGCAACUCGGGGAGGUUGCAGGCAGUGGUCUCGGGUCCAGCAAACCCUCUAGCACCGGAACGGGUGCAACUAGGGCGUCCAUCCCUGGGCCGGGGGAGCCUAAAGUGUACAGCUCGGAGAGCAGUCCACAGUCCGGGUCAACUUUAUUGCACUCUCAAAACUUUGAGGAGCGGCCCCGGAGCAUCCUAAAAAACAGCAGCUCCAUCUUGAUGAAGAAAACCUCCAGUGCGGAGAAGAAGUCUCAGCGCUGGGAUGAGAUGAACAUCUUGGCUACCUACCACCCUGCCGACAAAGACUAUGGCUUUAUGAAGGCGGAUGAGCCCAGGACCCCCUACCACAGGCUGCAAGACAAUGAUGAGGACCUGUCUCCCGGGUCUUCUCCCAAGGUGACCCCUGAAUCACUGGCAGAGAGGUUUGCCACAAUGGACAAUUUCCUUCCCAAGGUCCUCCAGUAUGGAGAUAACAAAACCUCCAAGACUGCAGACAGCUUUGCCAAGACAUACUCCAGUGAUUUUGACAAGCACCGAAAGAUACACUACAAUGAAGGCAAGUUCCUGAAGACCCUGAGAAACCUGCCCGUGGCCAGUGAGGACGAUAGCAGCGGGGCUAGCGCCAGCAUCAGCAGCAGUAACCAAAGUGUGAUGAUGGACCUGAAGCCCAGGCCUGUGGAGAAAGGCUGGCCAGGAAGGCUGCCCACAGGAGCCAAAACCGAGACUGUCCUGGUGACUGACAGCCAUGGCCUAAACAGCAACGAUUCUGCUGCUUUCAGAAACCAGUUCCCCUCAGCUUCAGACUCGACCAUCAGGGACCAGACUGCCCUACAGCGUAAGGAGUACUACAGUAAAGGAAGAUACCUGAGGUCCUGUUCCCACCCGGAGAUUGGAGAGGAUACAGAAGACGAAGAGAUGAACAGUUCUUCAGGUCUGACCUGGGUUACUGAGAGUCCCAAAGGCACUUCAGGUGGCAUGGCUUCUUCCAGCUGUUGGGCUAAGGGGCUGAGAGGCCGAAGUCCAGGGAGUUCAGAAAAGGAACGUGGAAGUAACCAGAACCCUCUGAACUGGAACAGGUGCAGAUGUGAGCCUGGGCAGACGCAAGGGGAUGAAACCUUGCUGCUCCAGUGGACUCGGGAAAAAGAACCUAGACCAUGGAAAAUGUAGCCAGCUGAGGAUGGGGUGAGGGCAGCCCUCCCCUGCCCUUACCACUCUAAUAGUGGACAAUAAAGAGAACAUCAGGAAUCUGAGUGCUGGGAAUUGGAUGCCCAGCCCGGGCCUGCUCUAUCAAGGCCUGGGAGAGUUGGGGAGGGGGUUGUCCAUGCACAAUAAAUCAGGAAAGUGCGUCAAGAGAGAGAGAAGCUGAGAGCAACCGGAGGGACUGGCUUCCUAGGAUCAAGCACUUAGGGGCUACAGCAGCAAAAUCACAAGUUUGAGGAGAGCUUAUUCUACACAGUGGGAUCCUGUUUCAAAACAAAACAAAAUCUAGGGUUCUAAAAAAAUUCACUAUUACUUUAUUCACUAACAUAGUGCACGUGUAGAGGAUGGAAGCCAGAGGAACUUUCCAGAAUCAAUUCUGUUGUGGCUUCUGGAGAUCAAACUCAGGUCGUCAGGCUUGCUGUGUGGCUUUUAUUCAGUGAGACACCUUACUGGCCUCAAAACCUAGGAAUUUUAUUUUUUUGAGGCAUGGUUUCUCUGUGUAGCCCUAGCUGUC